UGUGAGGGACUCUCCUCUCUCCAGUCGUCAACUCCACGUCUCUGUGUGUCUCUCUCUGUGGAGGGAAAAGCUGGAGUUUGCUUUUCUUGCAGCCACGGAAAGCACGCGGGGUAACCUGUGUGUGUGUGUGUGUGGGGAGGGGGACUCGGGCGCCUCUGCGCCCCCCUCCUGCGCGCGCGCGCGGUCUCCCUUCCCAAAGUGGGAUCUUUGCCUCUUCGCACCAAGGUGUACGGACGCCAAACAGUGAUGAAAUGAGAAGAAAAGCCAAUUGCGGGCGUUGCGGGGGGGUGGGGUGGGGUGGGGGAGAGACAGCGUCUCUGCGUGUGCGUCCUCCGCGGAGCCCGGAGACCCGUAAUUGCACCAGACAGGCAGCGCACGGCGAGGGGGGGGGGCGCUGGGCGAGGUCGACGCGUAUAAAUAGUGAGAUUUCCAAUGGAAAGGCGUAAAUAACCGCGGUGGUGAGAUCCACCCGCGCGCACCGGGCCGUCCUCUCCGCGCGCGGGGAGACGCGCGCGCACCCACCCGCCCCGGCUCCUCGCCAGCCCCCGGCCCCCAGCCAUGGAAGAACUCACGGCGUUUGUAUCCAAGUCUUUUGACCAGAAAAGCAAGGACGGUAACGGCGGAGGAGGCGGCGGCGGCGGCGGCGGCGGCGGAGGCAAGAAGGAUUCCAUUACGUACCGGGAAGUUUUGGAGAGCGGACUGGCGCGCUCCCGGGACCUGGGGACGUCGGAUUCCAGCCUCCAGGACCUCGCGGAGGGCGGCGGCCACUGCCCGGUGCAUUUGUUCAAGGACCACGUAGACAAUGACAAGGAGAAACUGAAAGAAUUCGGCCCCGCGAGAGUAGCAGAAGGGAUUUACGAAUGCAAAGAGAAGCGCGAGGACGUGAAGUCGGAGGACGAGGAGGGGCAGACGAAACUGAAACAGAGACGCAGCCGCACCAACUUCACGCUGGAGCAGCUCAACGAGCUGGAGCGACUCUUCGACGAGACCCAUUACCCCGACGCCUUCAUGCGCGAGGAGCUCAGCCAGCGUCUGGGGCUUUCCGAGGCGCGCGUGCAGGUUUGGUUCCAGAACCGGAGAGCGAAGUGUCGCAAACAGGAGAAUCAGAUGCAUAAAGGCGUCAUCUUAGGCACAGCACACACACACACACACACCCGGGUGGCACCCUACGUGAACAUGGGAGCACACACACACACACACACACAGGUCCAGGCUCAGCUGCAGCUGGAAGGCGUGGCCCACGCGCACCCGCACCUGCACCCGCACCUGGCGGCGCACGCGCCCUACCUGAUGUUCCCCCCGCCGCCCUUCGGGCUGCCCAUCGCGUCGCUGGCCGAGUCCGCCUCGGCCGCCGCCGUGGUCGCCGCCGCCGCCAAGAGCAACAGCAAAAACUCCAGCAUCGCCGACCUGCGGCUCAAGGCGCGGAAGCACGCGGAGGCCUUGGGGCUCUGA